AAUGUCACAAUCACAACUAGGCCGUUGGGACGCGACGCAAGGUCGAUUUCGUCAGUCCCCUCGUCUCUAUAACCUCGCGAGAAAGAAAUUGGGUGGAAAGAGAUUUUUUCACUACCUACGAUUACUCUGUUUUUUUCGCGUCCGACGAUUUACCUCUCCGGCGACUUUAUCGCUCUCGCCCGCAAUUGUGCAAAUUUCGGAAAUCGAGGUAUCUGCAUAAAAUUCGCGAUGUAGUCUUUUUUUUUUAAUAUUUCUGUAGCAUUUCCAGUUGGAAUUUACGAAAGUUUCUACGAAGAAUUGCGGCCUUUCGUAAUGAGAAACUCUAGCCAAGUUAUAGUUCUUCCCUUUUCUCGCGAGAUGACCGUAGCCUCGGCACAAGAUCGAGCGCAAAGGCAAAGUGCGAAACGCAAGAUAUUUAAAAAUGGCGAGGUCCUCUGUAUUGUUUCGUGUUAUCAGUGCGGCGAGAUUAAAAAGUAUUGCUGGGUGUACACAUCUGCUGAUAUAAGCAUCGUCAUUUCGCCGCAUUGUCGAUUUAAUUAGGGAAGAACCAUGGUCACCCCUGUCGUUGUUUGCGUCAUGUCGUUGAUUGUAAUGAGCCUGGGAAUUGUUAUGAACUGGACCUGGAUCCAGUGUUGUUGCCUCUACAUUGUGUUAACUUGCUCCUGUCUGCUUGUCGGCCCGUUAAUCAUGAUACUGAUCAACAUAGCACUAUCGCCCAAACACCAAACCGGCUCUGGUACCGUUAGGACCACUGCGGAGAUGGACGCCUUCCACAACAUGUUGAUGAAGGGAUAUAAACCCAAAUCGACUAGUACUAGAAAGCAUACACGUUACCCUGUUGUCUUUACUCGUCUAGUGGAUAGUGCCCUGCAGAAUCUCCUGGAUUUGAUCUUUCAGGACUUUGUUGGUUUUUGGUUGAACGAUCUGGCCUUUGGCUCAGAACAGCUGAUAGAUAAUAUGAAGCAAGAUAUGUGGGGUGCAAUACAAAGCUUACACGAUCGUCUGUCACGUAUUGAUCACACUAAAUUAGUGGUAUGCAACAUAGUGAAUAAACUUACCUUUCACUUCGAGAAGAUCAGGAUAGCUCAAGCAGCCUCGUCAGAGGGAGAGGACCCUGUGUUUAUUUUGUCAGCGCAUUUGAUGUCACCUGUUGCUGAGCUGGAAUAUUUGAGGAAGAUCAGCGAACUUUACAUCCUGUUUCUCUUACCACGUAGUUAUUCCCUUUCUCCAAUAAAGUUUCUUCUAAGAGAGGUUCUCACAUGUAAAAUUUUAAAACCGGCAAUAGAUUUAAUCACAGAUCCAGAUUAUAUCAAUCAGAAGAUUCUGACGUACAUCGAUCAACAGCAGCUCGCGGAAGCAAUGCAUAGGAAAACGUAUGAGUACGCGGAAUCGUUUGAGGACUUUAUUCGUAUGAUCAAAGGCACCAAGGAUUUAGAGGUUCUUAAACAUAUCAGAUACAAUAUUGUUACCGAGAUUAUGCAGGCCACCACGGUGCAAAACGUAAAACGAGCUCAAGGUUUGGAUCCUGAAAAUAACGCGCUCGGAAAUUCCGAUACCAUUCGCGCGAGAAAACUUAAGAGAUACAUCAGUCAGCUGACGUACGCUAAAAACACGUGCGAGUGUCAUAUGCAAACAUUAGGAUGGGACGGAUAUCCACGUCAGGAUAUGGAGAUCUGCGAUGCUGCAGAGAUCACAGAAAACAGAGUACUUCCAUUGCAAGUUAUUCUGGAUAAUGUGACUGGCCGACGAUAUCUGUCUCAAUUUCUCGAACAGGUUGCUAGUCAAGGAUUGAUCGGUUACUGGGCGGCGGUGCAAGAAUUACGCGGUGCAGAACGAUCCAACUGGCAUCAAUUGGGAGCCGAGAUCUUUUACACUUACAUCAGAUCGCCCACCGCUGAAAUUAAGGUGGAUAAAAAUGUACGAAAACGUAUGGAGACUUUUUUAUUGGGCGAUACAGGACCCAACGUGUUUUAUGAGGUUCAAGAUGACGUCGUCAAGACGCUCCAGGAGAAAUAUUAUUCGUCGUUUCUCGUUAGCGAACAAUAUAAAAACAUGCAGGAAGCAUUACUCAAUGAGAGAGCCGAAGAUAUGGUUGAAGAUCGCGAGAUCGUUGAUGGUACAUUGUCGGAGUCCUCGACCUUACUCGUUGGCGAACGAUCUAACUACGCUCGUAGCAAACUAGAUCAGCUGCAUGAAAAAUUAAAUAAUAAAAUGCAAGCUCUGCAAGCGCUGAAAUCCUCUCUCAAGCCCGAGAGCAAAGUACUCAGCAUAUUGGCAAAAGAGGUUGAAUGGUUGCAAGGCGAAAAACGACAGUUGGAGGCGCAUUUAAAUCAUACGGAAAUGUGGGCUGAACAUCUGGGUCAUUGGAGAGCCGACGUGCAGAGUGCAGAGAUGCCUGAUAAUGGGGAUCCUCCGCAAUUUGUACUAGUUGUUCACAUGGCAGAGGAUGAAGACAACGAUGAAAGCAUAUCCAGUGGAUGGGUAGUGUUGAGAAAACUGCAAGAUUUUCAAGAUCUUCACAGGAAAUUACGUCAGUUAUGUUCUAAUGUUAAAAGCCUGGAUUUACCUUCACAGCCAUUAAAAUUUUUCGGAAAAUCCGACAAGAGCACUCUUGAGAAAGCCAAGAUGCAGAUACAAAAAUAUUUGAAUUUUGUCCUAGAGGACGAGAGGCUUAAUCAAAGUGAAGCAUUGUAUACUUUUCUCAGUCCAAGCUCAGAGCAUCUUAAAGCCGUGGUGGCACCGUCUCCUAAAAAAUCUCGUUUUUCUUUGUCCACGUUAUUUAAAACAUCUGUCGGCAGCACCGAGCUACGCGACAAAGAAGAUGAGGAAGAUUAUUCAUUGUUAUUGGAUGAUAGCGAGACGGGUCGUACUGGCACGGACAGCUAUCUAAACGCCAGCAAGGAUGCAAUCGCGGAGCCGUUGUAUACGCUUCUUGGUGAAGUUUUCGAUUUAAGAGGAGUAUUUCGUUGGCUCAGACGGUCUCUUAUCACCUUCGUACAAAUUACUUAUGGGCGUACCAUAAAUAGACAAAUCAGAGAUACCGUUGCAUGGGUUUUUUCCGAACCAAUGCUUCAUUACUACAUACAAUUGUUUACGAGAUCGUGGUGGCCCAAUGGACAAUUAGUGUCUGAGACUGUUUCUCGUACUGAUGAAGAGAAAUUGAAAACGCGAGGUGAGGCGCGCAGACAAUUUCUCAAUAAUGUACCUGAAGUAUUGACGAAUCUAGUGGGAACACAAAGUGCUCAACGUGGCGCGAUUAAAGUUUUCGAUUCCCUGCAGAACGUCAAUCUGAAUAAACAAUUAUUUUAUGAUAUAUUUGAAGUAUUAAUGUACGAAGUAUUUCCAGAACUUCAGCGUAAAUGUUCCUUAACGAAAUAAAGUAUCAAUGUGAUAAUGCGCAA